UUUCCCAAUAUGAGUUUAAGAGUAUAUAAUAGUUUAUGGUAAGAGACAUUUGAAUGUUUAGUGUUUAAAAGCCUUUUUGGAAGUCACUUGGUUAAAGGUUAAAAAAAUGGCCAGCUUUAGCAAUGGCUUUAAAAAUUCAAAACCUGAACAUGAGAUUAGAGAAUCUGGCGAGACUUGGCAGCAAUCUCGCGACAAAUGCGAGAAAUCUGCCGACCAUGUUAAACUCAAGCUGUACCGUUCCAUAACACAACAAACGGUAGAGGAACAUUUUAAAAAACACAUCAGGCUUUCGGAUGAAGAUUUUAGAAGUUUUUGUGAGAACGAUGCAGGGCCAAUAUUUGAUCUAAUCACCAACAUGGGAAAGUUGACAGUUUACAUGGAAUGUAUUCUCACUGACGGAACUAAAAAGAUUUCUUGCGGUACGGCCUUCAUACAAAGAAUAAAACUCAAAGAAAAGGAAUCCUGCCAAUGUAAGAAGUGCAUGCGUCUUGAUGAAUCAAAAAGGAAGAAAGUCUGGGCAGUACUGACUUUAUCCAGCGUGUAUCACGUGAUGGACAACGUGCAGAAGAACAUGGCAAGUACUAAAGUUAUCCUUUACUACGAAAACGAAACUGAUGUAUUGAAAACUCUUCCAAAACUAACUCUCCACAGAAUACAAGACACUGAGAAAGACGGUGGGGAAAACGACUGGUGUGGAUUUGAAUGUGUCAUACACGACAAAGAUUUGAUAGAUGAUCUAAAAGGCUUCUUGGAUAAGUACGAACAGGCUCAAAAGAAAGUGUAUCAACUGUUCCAAAAAGAUUACCUAAAAGAUAAGAAAGUCCUGGUCAUUAUUGGACACCCUCACGGCGGUCCGAAGAUGGUCAGUGUUGACGAGUGGGACGAGAAAGAAAUGCUGAAGGACGUCAGGGACCGCCAGGAGUGGUGCAGGUAUUCCUACGUGGCCGCCACCUGCCCGGGGAGCAGCGGCUCACCUGUCUACAUCCUCGGUCAGAAGAUCUCCGGCUUCGGCUACUGGUUCGGCCACACCCACAACCACAGCUCCGGCUACAGCGACCGGCAGACCGUCAAGAGGAACUACAGCUCCAUCGGGACGAACCAACUAGCCUGAAUGCUUUCAGCUAGAGCGAACAGCUCGCGUAAAGAAUGUCGACUAGACGAAUCAGCUAGCUUGGAGAUUAUCGACUAGACCAGGGGUCUCCAAACUUUUCAGUCCGAGGGCCGCAUUAACUAUCAAAUUUCAGUUCGGGGGCCAGUUUCUUUCAGGCAUGUCUUUGAUUUUCUGGGCAAAGUCCCUCAGCCAUCAGCAACAAACGAUUUUUCUGUGGACAAAAAGAUCUCCGCGGGCCGGAUGAGAGGACAUCGCGGGCCGCAUCCGGCCCGUGGGCCGUAGUUUGGAGACCCCUGGACUAGACGAAUCAGUUAGCUUGACUAUUGUUAAGUAGACAAAUCUGCCAGGUUGAAUAUUCUCCGCUAUAUAAAGUAAUCUAAAAGGUGUUUGAAAAAUGAUCAAUGAUUGAAAUGUCACACUUUUUCUCAAACUACUUAACCUUAAUGAUCAAUCCUGAAACAGGCUAAUAAUACUUAAAUUUUAGUUAUCAGUAUCGCAUCUAUUUACAAUAAGCUUGUAUGUAAAAUAUUUGUUAAAAUAAAUCUUAUCUUUAUAUCUUCCUCGCGAUUGUUUAGGUUACAAGCUAUUUUUAAAUGGCACUUCUAUUUAAAUAAUAAAAAUAAUUUUUGCUACUUACAAUAAUAAGACUUAAUUUGAACAUUUUAACAUAAUAAAAAUACUUUUUUUAUGUUAUUAUAGGAAGCUGCACAAUAUUUUAAAGAGAUAAGUUACGUUGUGACUAAAAUUUGGUUUAUACAUUUAUUCGCUUUUACAUUUUGUAUUUUAGUUAGCUAAUUUUUUUCGGUAGAAUUAGAGCUCAUUUAAGGAGGGCGAAGUUUAUUUUUAACAUUUCUUAGAAGUGUUGAAGCUUUUUAUGAUCAAGUGUGAUAAUAGCUUAGGACUGAAAAAAGUGG